UUAUAGUCGCUGCUGCAGCACUCACGUUCACCACCUCUCAUACACACACGUACUAUCGAAUGCAGCUAGCUAGCUAGCACCGCGGCAUAACAUUUGUCAUUGUAAUAUAUUCAGUGGCACUAAAAAUGAGCGAUAGCGGCAAAGGUUACGGCGACCGGGAGUCUCGCUCUAGAUCCAGGAGUGUCAGUCCUCGGGGCUCUGGGAAGUCGGCAAGCCGCUCCCCAGCUCGGUCGCCUGCUCGUUCUAAAGAGGGCUCCCGCCACUCCCGCUCUAAAUCUCGGUCCCGAUCCAGGUCAAAAUCUGGGUCCCACUCCCAUCGUGGCUCCCGUAGACACUAUAGCCGAUCUCGCUCCCGCUCUAGGUCCUAUCGUCGCCGAUCUCACAGCAGGUCCUACAGUGGAGAGCGCCGCCGCAGGAGCCAUAGCCGCUCACCAAUGUCCAACCGCCGCAGGCAUAUCGGCAACCGUGCUAAUCCAGACCCGAACGGUUGUGUGGGAGUGUUUGGCCUGAGCUUGUACACCACAGAGAGGGAUCUGAGGGAAGUCUUCUCUAAAUACGGCCCCCUGGCAGAUGUCUCUAUUGUGUACGACCAGCAGUCGAGGCGUUCCAGGGGCUUUGCUUUCGUUUACUUCGAGAACACCGAUGACGCUAAAGAGGCAAAGGAACGAGCCAAUGGCAUGGAGCUGGAUGGUCGUAGGAUCAGGGUGGACUUCUCCAUCACAAAAAGACCUCACACCCCAACACCUGGAAUCUACAUGGGCCGGCCAACAUAUGGUGGAGGUGGAGGUCCCAGUGGUCCUCGACGCAGCUCACGUGACUAUGACCGUGGAUAUGAUCGCGGAUAUGACCGUGGAUACGACAGAGGCGGCUAUGAUCGCUAUGACGACAGGGACCAUUACAGAUCAUACAGAAGGCGAUCCCCGUCCCCAUACUACAGAGGGGCCUACAGGUCUCGAUCCAGAUCACGGUCUUAUUCUCCCCGUCGCUACUGAGUGUUGCCGUCAAGCCCCUCCACCUCCCACACACGGACAGGAAAUGUUUCUGAGUGGAAUGAUUGAUUUCAGAAUAGGUCUUCUUUCUUAAGGUGAUCAUCACACUUCUUGUUUGCUAACGUACAUGACCAGUAAAUGUAUACCGAGAUCAGUUUUGAAGCAGUGUCAUUUGACGUGACUCAAGCUGUCCCCUCAUGUUUUUAAUUUUAAAUGUAUUGGCAACAUCUGCCGCAAAAAAUAUAUUAAUGUUUUUAUUAAUGUAUUUUUUUUUUUUUUGUAUACAAAUCGAGUGAAAGUCCAUCUUUGAACAGAUUAAAAGGAAAUUGAUUUUUUUUUCCACUGUGACUCAUGUCCUUCCUUACAGCAAUUCUACAUUACUUUGUUUUGCUGUUGCAAGGUUGUUAUAAUACUUCGGAAGGAUGCAUUAAAGCCUUCAUACUAUCACAUUGCUAUGUGCUGGUUUCUACAGAAAUUAAGUUCCUCAGUUUUGACAAUAAAAGCUGCAACUG